AAACUGUGCAGUGGCAUAUGUGUAAGAUGCAGUCGAGCAUAUUACUGUUCCAAGGAAUGCCAAAAACAAGACUGGAAAGAGCACAAGAAGUCAUGCAAAGUCAUUGUACCUAAUUUCGAGAAAGAGUUUGCAAUAAAAUAUCCGAACGAAAUAAAGCAAGUUGAACUUCUUGGAGAGAUACAGAUGAACAUGCAAUUUAACGAAGACUCCAUAAAUAUGAUUAAUAAAUCCAAUUCUCAGAACAUAAUGCAAAGAUGGCGUGGAUGGUCGAAUGAACUUACAAAAUUUCUCUCAUCUCCCAGACAAAUUGGUGAUAUUUUUGCCAGAACAACAAAUUUACCGUAUAUUGCCGAUACGGGAGGAUGUGCUCUUAGCUUUAGUAACACGCCAAAGAAUGGUAAAUUGAGACUUAUUCAAGGAAAAGUUCAUGUUGCUGUUGGGUUUGUGGACUUGGACUUACUUUUACAAACGACAAUUCUGCAAAACGAGGAUUUGGUAGAACAUCCAGCCAAAUUCAUUGGUUAUGAAGGAUCCGUUUAUGCAGUAGCAAAGACCAAUGUGAUUUUAGAAAUGAUUAUUGGAAAAGCACCAAUUAGAUCAAUAAUAGAAGCUUGGUUUUCUUCUGUUUGGACAAAGGAAACCUUAGAGCACUUUAAGAAUGCUAUCAACAACAUAAUAAAAUUUGGAAAUGCAUCAGUUGACAGACCACCUAACCCUACAAAAAGGGAACUUCAUCCAGAAGUUAGAUCUUUAAUAUCUUAUUGGAGUAAAUCAGUCGGAUCACCAAAAUCCCGGAAAAAUGCACAUAAACUUUGGGCAAGUGUGUUUAAUAAAACAGACCCCGUAUUUGCUAUUAUCGUAAAUCUUGUUAAACCACGAGAUCGUGUGCAAGUUGCGCGCUAUAUUUUUACUGGCGAGUUUCCGCUCAUGGAUGAUCAACAACCAGAAAAUCUAGUUGCAAGUAUUAUGAUGUUCAACUGCAGUGACGGAAUUUCACCACACUCGACCAGUGAAAUUAUGCUUCAUCUAAUGCCAAUGGAGUCCAUUCUACCUAAAUAUCAAUGUGAAAAUACCGCUUUCUUAAAUGCAGUUUACAAUUUUCUUGAAGAAGCAAUUGCAAAAGUUCGCACAUGGUUAUUACCUCCUGUAGGAGAAACCAAAAAGAUAGAAAUAUAUCUGCAUUUUCAAUGGGUCACAAAUGAUAAUCCCGAGUUAUUAACUUCUAUUCGUCAACUAGAUUCAUCAACAAUUUCCUGGAGCAACAUUUGUGAUUAUCUUUGUGCACAUAAUUUUCAUAAGUUGCUUCAAGCUUGUUCAGGAAACGAUACAGUUCACAUAAUGUCAUCAAUGAAUUGGACAACAGAGGUCUUUGGCGGAAGUAUCAUGGACUAUGAUAAUACAAAGCGUAACAAGAUCUUGACUGAUGCUCGAAAAAUGAUUCAAACAUCUGGGCAGGCUAUUGAUCCAUCUGGGUAUUUCCGGUAUGCUCAGAUUAUGAAGCAUCCACAUAAUAUCUCUAACGUACUUUUGGCAAGGAGUGUAAAAGAGUAUUGGCUGAAUUAUUUUUUCAGAGGGCAAGAUGUAAAUAUUAUUGAUGCUUCAUUCUUGCCAUACGCUCAUACACAUCAAGUACAUCAACUAUUAAAUAUUUUUUUCAAAUAUAACAAGAUUUUAUAA